UUACGUAACAGUCUAACAAAACCAAUGGCCACAAAAUCACGAAGAUCAGCACCUUUGGGAUUUAUCGGUACAAUUAGUAAUGCCCUUUUUGGAACACUUACAGAGGACGACGCAAAAUAUUAUAACCAGGAAAUAGACAAAAUUUACAAAGACCAAAAACACUUAUCAGAACUAUUGGGAAAACAGACGCACAUUGUUAGAUCAGAAUUCCAAGACAUUCAUCGAGACCUAAUAAAAUUAAGGAAUUCUUCCUUAAUAAUAGAUAACAGAAUAAAACAGUUAACAGCAGGUCUCCUUAAACUCGAUAAAGUCGAGACAGAAAUGGAGUUACAAAGAGCCACAACGUCUUGGACGUAUCAAAUAUCCAGGCACGUGGACGAAUACCUUUAGGCCUUACUAGUACUGACAGACGCAAUAAUGUUUGCUAAAUUAGGAAUAUUACACCCAGCUAUAUUGUCACCCGAUCAACUCGAACUAACAUGUACCCGUAUUAACCAAUCAACACCAUAUGAAUUUCCCCUCUCCCUAACAGAACUACGAUCAGAAAGAUUUUAUAGAAUAAUCACAAUCAGCACAAUAUAUUCAAAUGGAAGAAUGCUAAUAUCAAUCGAAAUUCCCCUCCUAGAUAAAGCACCCUUCAAUCUGUAUUGGCUACAUCCAUUACCAUCCUUUUUGCCAAUUUCACAUAACAUUUCCAGUGCCAUUCUCAUUGUACCACAAACCCCAUACCUCGCAAUCGAUGACUCUCAUAAGGAAUAUCUCUUGCCAACGGAAAGCUUCAUACAAAGAUGUAAGAUUCAAGAUCAACUGGCAUAUUUAUCAACCAACUCAAAACUACAAACACAUGGCUAUACUCUGUCAAAGAGAAAACACCGGUGCAAAUCAAAUGCAAUUACCGCGCCGCAGGCUAUGAACUGAUACAAGGUCCAGGAAUUUUGAAACUAAAAAAGAAUUGCCAGGCACAAAUAAAUAAUUCAAGAAUGAUUGCAUCAGAAGAAACAACGUCUAAAGUAAACUCGACAUUUAAACAACUACCAAGCCUAAAUAUAACGCACUUGAUACCACAGAUUACACCUCAUCACAUACAAAUAAUAUCCGAUUAUCAACAACAAGAAAUACCGCUAGGACCAUUACAUGAUAAAAUAAACGAGAAAUCCAUUGCCUUACUAGAAAUCGAACAAACAAGUAAACAAUUUAGCGACACAUCACCGUACGCAAAGAUUAACAUCCUAUUCAACCUAUGGAAUAUCCUCGAGGGAUGAUAUGGAAUAUCCUAUAGGGAUACUAAUUAUCAUAAUUGACAUAAUAUGGGUUGUUACAAAAUUUUAUACGAAUCAUUGUUUAAAACCCAACAUAACAGCAAAGAAACCAACUGAACAAAUAGAGAUGGGAACACUAAAACAUAGAAAAACAGAAAAUUUAGCAUCACCCUAUAUACAACCGACGAUCUCGCCAUCGUUUUGCAUACCACCAAUUCCAAGAAGUCCGCCUGCACUCACAGCAGAUCUCGCGGAAAAAAUAAGGAAUGUCCACCUCUACUAAACAGCACAGGUAAAGACGUAAUGUCAAAAUCCAAUCAGAACUCACCGUUACCACCUCCAUUCAUACCUAAUAAACCCUAUAUAAACCAUCGCACAAUUACACCAUACCAUUAUCAAAGUUUUUUUUCGUGUGAACUACAAGGACCACUAUAAAGCGAAAUGGGUUUCUAUAGAAAACCAGGAAAUGCUACAUUGCCCAUGUUCAAUGACACGCGGAUGCCUCGGCUAGCCACCCCAGCAGAGAGGCUGCUCCCGCCGCCUACCCUGGACAACCUCAGGAGGAGGGAGUGCAUCCAGGGAAAGGCUUGGGUGGGACCCAAUGGCACCAUCGUCUGUGAUAGGUGCCAUUGGACCUUCUCGGUAGUGGAGGCACAACAAUACGCACCAGCACAUGUACAUCGGCUGGUGCGAGAAGGUCGUCUGGCCCAUGCAGCGGCCCGCUGCCUGGAGUGCCGGAGACGGGCACUCAACAGGAGCAACCCGGAUCAUUGCCUGCAAUGUAUCGCAGCCAUCGCAGCCGUCGAGCUGGCGGUGCGGCCCGUGAUAGAAGUACCGUCGCACAGAACCCAGCCCCUUCCCCCAAGCCCCGAAUAAUAUCAUUAUUAUUUUAUAUUACUACCUUUUACUUUAUUAUUUUAUAAUACCAUGUUAUAUAUAUUAUUUACUAUAAAUAUAUAUAUUAUUAUCUCACCAUUAUAUAUUAUUUUUAUUAUUAUAUUUAUAUUAUAUUAUAUUAUAUUCAUUGCGUUACGAAUGUUAUGUAAAAAUUUAAUCGAUUCGCUUUAAGUUCUGACCGUUUAUCAGCGAUUACGAUAACGCGCAUUCCAACGCCUGUGUAACAUCUCUCCCAUGUCAAUAAAAAAGUUUUAUACAUAAAUGCAAAAAAGAAAAAGAAAAUAUAUAUCAGUCAGUUAUGUAAUUCGAUGUCAGUCGAUGAAAACGUACACCCUUAUUACACGAAACAGCCUCUUGAGACUAUUUCGUGUCUGGCGAAGGGGGUGUUACAUGCGGCCCUGCAUCAACACCAGCACAUCCGCUGAACUUGGGACCCCUCCCGAUUUCAACGGAUGCAAAAACGAAGGUUCUCGAACACGGGUCGUGCCAUGCGAGGAUCAGCUAGUAUAUAAACCCGUGGACACGCCCCACGGUGGCUCUUUUUUAUUCCGCUGUCAGUACGUUAUCAUCGUGGUGAUUACCGAAAUCUUGUAGUCGCGGACAGGUUAACUUCACGCGUUGUCGUUACCUACGAAAGUCCGACGUAUAAUCGGUUAAGAUCACAUCGAACCUUUAUCAUCAAUCGAACACCCACUCAGCGUCGCGCUUUGGUCAUCAAAUACUAAAUUAUUGUAGUCACGGAUAGAGUAAUCGUAUGCGCGCCGCGUCGUUACCGAGGAAAGUCCGUUGUUAAUUAGUAGAGACCCGUGUCGCGAGUGAUAGUUGCCGACAAACAGAUCCUUGCAACAGCACAGUCCUGGGACCACAACAGAUAGCUGGUACAACCAAACUGUAAGACCGACAAGCGGUAAUGUACCUACAUAAUUGUAUACUUGAUUUCCCAAAACCGAUAUUGUAAUAUAAACUCGUUAUUUUGUAACAAUACAUAUUCAUUUAUAUAUUUAAAUGCUGAACCUUGAAAACAAUCAUUGCAAUCCCGAAUUGCUCUUUCCCGUUAGCGAAUACAGUUAAGAUGAGCUUUAGCUCUUUAAUUGAAGACGAAGAUCCCAAGAAAGAGUCACAGAUAAGCUGGGACGUAACAUGUAUAAUUCCCUAAAAUAUAUACAAGAAAGAGCUCGUUGACCCUCGGGGGGGGGGGGUCGACCUUUGCAACUCCCCGAAUAGUGGGGGAGAAACAAUCGACGCGCGGGAGAAUUGAAGACGAGUUCAGAGAGAGUAGAAAACUGAGACACGUGGAACGUCUGCCGAUAGAAAUAAAGUUUUGUUGUGUUUAAUAACGAUUUCGUUAUUCCACCCCUACCGAAGAGAAUUGCAGGGGGUACUGCGCCAUUGCCAUUGGCUCGUCCAGGGUGUAGAGCGCCCACACGUUUGCCCGUUGUUAUGGAAUGUGAAUGAGCCUUUGCGUUUGGCACUUCUGUUUGAAGUUAGUUUAGCGUCAAUUACGAUUUUCUUGUAUUUACGGUAUUUCGUUUUUUAUAUUGGAUUUUAUUUAAAACAAUUUGUUAAUACUCACUCGCAUAGCGACUGUUAACCAGACGCCUAUUG